AUGAUGAGAGUUUAACCGCCUCCGCUACUGUCGCUUUUUUUUCUCGGUUUCUUCGGAUUGGAAGUCGCUCUGCUUCCGAGCCUGUCGCUUCUUUCGGUUUCUUCGAAUUGGAACUCACCAGGCUUUCUGAGCAAGUGCUGAUUCUAGUAAGAAUUUAUUGCCAGAAUCACUGUUCGAUUGCUUUUUUAAUGGUGAGGAGUUGGCCGGAAUCUAUUCGAUUCGCUUCUGCAGUAUGUUUGUCCUGCUACUGUUUUAUCAUUGAUUUCAAUAUGGGGUGUUAGUUUAAUGGAUCAGAAACUGGUUUUCACGAAAAAGGUUCUGGCUUGCUGCUUGUGGAGCGGAAGUCGAAUGAAUCAGAAACUACCUUCCUGCUUUACUUCGAGAAGUAACUGCUAAUUCAGUUAACCCUGAUAUUUCUGCCUGAAUAUAGGGGGCGUUAUGUUCAAGUUUGAAUUAUGUGGUUGCUUCCUCCUCUUUGUAAGCGCAGUUUUUACCGCCGGAUGAUCCCUUGCAAAUUUUAUCCCUUCCGUUUCAUAACUUUAACUUUUUGGCCACAAAACCCUUGUUAACAAUUACGCAUGCUUUAUCAGUUAGCUCGAUUGCAAUUAGAGAACUAAUUGCCUUCCAUUAUAAGUAAUAUCUACUCUGUUGCAAAGGCCAAAAAAAAGUUUUCUUGGCACAACCUGACCCGGUGUUUUAUCCACACUGUAAAGGUUUCUUGAUUUUUGUAGCUGAGACCUGGUUGAACUGAUUAGAACAUCAUAAUUCUAUUUGAAAAUUGAAGUGAGUGCGCACGUGUGCAUGUCUUUUGGAUGCUUUCCCCCUCUGAAGUCUGAAUACAGCUCGUGCAGUGCAGCAGGCUGGGGUUGCUGAGUUUAACCCUUGUUAGUUUCUUUGCGUAGAGGUCACACUUGCAGUAGAUUUCAGAGUGAGUUUUAGCAUAGCUUACCUUCCUGGACUGGGUUUCCCGGGAAUAUGAGUUUGCCUCGUUCUUCAUGAACCGAUUUCCUCCGUGAGAAAUCCUUGCUUUCUGGUCAAGUAUAGUUUUCAGCAGCUCAGGCUUCAGAGUUCAGACAUGUUGAAUCUUGACGCAAUGCAAUUGCAACCGCAUGUAUGAUGCCCUCACCCAUUGUUCCUUCUGAUGACCUGCCCCAGGGUCCGAUCUCCAACGAUGCGUCGCAAAAGCGGUUCUUCAGCAUCGCCCCACCGGCAGCGCUGAUAUUUUUCUUCGUACUAAUAUUCUUCGCUGGUGCAAUUGUCACGCUUGAUCACAAGGAGAACUUGUCGAUACUGCAACUGCAUCCAAGAGAAGCGUUUGCAACUGAGGAGAUCAGGCCUCCAGCGACGAGCGCGUUGCGCGCUGAGCCAACAGAGGAACCCAACCUCUGUGAGAACCAAUGCAGACCUUCAGGCAGCGAGGCCUUGCCGAGGGGCAUCGUGCAGGACAAGUCCAACUUCCAGAUGGAGUCCCUGGGCGGCAAUCCAGGACGGAAGGAGGCUGUUAGGUCGUCAAAAAGCCUCCUUGCGAUCCCCGUCGGCAUUAAGCAGAAGUCGGGCGUCGACAAGUUUGUCUCCAAGUUCCCGGCUGCCAACUUCAUCGUGAUGCUGUUCCACUACGAUGGCGUGGUCGACGGGUGGCGAGACCUCAAGUGGUCGGACCGCGCGAUCCACGUCGCCGUGCGCGACCAGACCAAGUGGUGGUUCGCCAAGAGGUUCCUGCACCCUGACCUGGUGGCGGAGUACGAGUACAUCUUCCUCUGGGACGAGGACAUCGAGGUGGACAGCUUCGACCCGCUCAAGUACCUGCGGAUCGUGCGGAGGGAAGGGCUCGAGAUCUCGCAGCCGGCGCUGGACCGCCGGUCGCAGAUCCACCACCCGCUCACGGCCCGCGCGCGCAACGUCGACGUCCACCGGCGGUUCUACAAGACGAGCGGGCAUGGCCGAUGCUACGGCAACAGCACGGGGCCGCCGUGCACGGGGUGGGUCGAGAUGAUGGUGCCGGUGUUCUCGCGCGCGGCGUGGCGGUGCGCGUGGCACAUGAUCCAGAACGACCUCAUCUACGCGUGGGGGAUGGACUACAAGCUCGGGUACUGCGCGCAGGGCGACCGGCGGCGCAACGUCGGCGUCGUCGACAGCCAGUACGUGCUCCACCGGGGCAUCCCCACGCUCGGCGACGGCGGCAAGGCGCAGGUGUCCGCGUCCACGUCGGCGUCGGCGACGGACCGGCUGGCGGUGAGGCAGCGGUCGUACACCGAGCUGAAGUUGUUCAACAGGAGGUGGAAGGAGGCCGUGGCGGAGGACGGGUGCUGGACCGACCCUUACCCGAAUCCGGCGACCACCGGCUGACCGUCCGACGGGGUGAGAUAGUGAGGAAGGUACACUACAGUAGUCAGUAGCUGUUACAUUGACCUUGUCUAGAUGAUAGAAGAUUAUACACCAUAUUUACAGCUUCAGAGUGCUCAGGGCAGAGCUCGUGUAUGAUGUACAGAUUGCUAUUUUCUUUUCUCUGAUCUCCAAGGGAAAAAGCAGGCGUGAAUAAAAAAGAUAUGCAUUUUUUUCUGAA